AUGUGGAAUGGCUUAUAUGUACACACACAUUCAACAGUCGAUUUUUGGGCUCUUAGCAUAUGUCUUUAUCAUUUGUCUGAUGAUGAUGAUAAUCAAUUAUCAGAAGAUGCAAUUAAUUAUGCAGUACCAUUUAUUACAGUACCUGAUGAUGAUUCAAAAGGUCUUGUUUUAGCUCGAAAUAAAGCAAUUAGUUUCGAUGAAGAAUCGAUUGAUAAUAUGUCGAUGUAA